GGGGGCUGCGGGGAUGAGGGGCACGAGCUGCGUGGGCGGCGGCGGCGAGAGCCCGGGCAUCGCAGGGCUGAGUGAGGGCCCGCGGGGCCGCUGGUUGCGCCUGGCUCCGGUCUGCGCCUACUUUCUGUGUGUCUCAUUAGCCGCGGUGCUGCUCGCCGUGUACUACGGUCUCAUCUGGGUUCCCACCCGGCCCCCCGCCGGCCCUGCCGGCCCGCCGCCCAGCGCGCUGGCCCCUCCUUGCGCCUCCCGCCCGGGCGCACCGCCUGCUCCGGCGCCCGCCGCUGCCUCCGUUUCCUGCUUCCUGGGAGCCCCCAGCGAGCCGCGACCCCAGCUGGAGCUGCCGCGAAGCCGCCGCCGUCGCCACAGCGACCCUAGCCGCCGCCCGAGCCGCCAGACGCCAGGAGGGACGCCGGAGGCCGCGGGGGGGCGUGGGCCCGGGUAACACUCCCUUCCACCCCAGACCGGACCGUCAGCUCUCGAGAGCCGGUGCUUCCCCGAGUGAAUGCGCCGUCCUCGGCUGGGCCUGAGCGCUCUCUUAGUGACAUCACCUAGCGUCUCUGGAGCCGUCAUCCUGAAGAAUGGGGGCAAGGGGUUGCUGUUCGGGGCCUGGCCUCUUGGAGCUCCUCCGCCGGCAGGCCCCGCGCUGGCCUCUGCCUCCUGACACUCUCCAAGAAGGAUUCUUAGUGUAGCGCCCACAGCCCACCCUUCUCUUCUCCCUGAAUCUCCGUGUCCACCUCUCCAUCUGCAAUAAACUCCAGCCCCAGCUG